AAAUCAUCAUCUCAACAAAUAUGGAUCAUGCUCUGCAUUUGAUAUACAAUGCCGUAAUCGUAUUAUAUGUAAACUUCGUGGCACUAACUCAGGUCAUGGUCCAUAUUCUGAUAGUGAACUUUGUAAAAAACAUGGUUGGAUUCCUCGUUUACCUGACGAUUGGUUUUUAAGUGCUGCAUUGGGAAACCAUAUCAAUGUUUUUGUUGACCUUGAUGAAAUUGAUAAAAAAGGGCUUUCUAAGACAGUUGUUAGGAUGAUAAUGAGAUUUGUUAUGGGAGGGGACGAUGCUUAG